CACUGCGGCACCGGGCUCCGUCUCAGAGCCCGGGUGGCUGGCGGCUGGGGCGGCUGUGGGGCGGCCUCACUCCCGGCCUGCCCCGCCUGGAGCGAGGAACAGCCCUGGACCGUCCGGGCGUCCACUCCAGCGGGACAAGCUGUCGGCUUCUCUGCUCCCUCUUCUCUGUUCCUAAUUGAGUCAGUGCUUUGCAUUAUAACUCAAUGCUCUCCAUAAAACUGAGAUAUGCCCACUGUUGAGAGUGAAGCCAAAGUGAAGACAAAAGUUCGCUUUGAGGAAUUGCUUAAGGCCCACAAUGAUCUAAGACGUGAAAGGAAAAAAUUGAAGAAAAACAUUGGCAAAUCUGGAGAAAAACUCUCACUUGACGCUGUUAGAAGCAAUCUUCAGAAAAUUAAAGAAACUAAAAGUGAUUAUAUAAGUGCUGCUGACAUCUAUAAUCCAGAUAAGACCAUGCGAGUCCCUAAAAACAAACCGAGGCAUCUACAGUCAGCCGCUGAAAACCCAGAUGAUGAUGUUAGUGUAGAGGAAGACACGCAAGAAAAGGCAACUAAAAAGGCUGUAAAGACAGCGCUCCAGGUGACUGCACAAGAAGUGGAACUGGAAACUCUUGAGAAGAAGGGGGAUUCCACACCUCAGAAAGCACCGACCAAGUCACAGCCGGGUGCCACCCCUCAGAAAAGUGAGAGGGCCAAGGAAGAAAGAGAAAAUAACAGUUUAGAUGAGGAAGAUGAGCUGAUGCAGGUAUACCAGCUCCAAGUGGCUGAAGAAAUGGCGAAGGAGAUUAAGAAGAAAAUCAGAAAGAAACUCAAAGAGCAGUUGACUUACUUUCCCUCAGAUACUUCACUGCACGAUGACAAAUUGAGCAGUGAAAAAAGAAAAAAGAAAAAAAAGAAAGUUCCAAUUCUGUCUAAAUCUGAAACAAGUACAUUGGUCGUCUCUAAUGACCCAAUCGAAGCUGAACAAAAGGAAUCUCCAGUUGGAGCAGUUACUUCAGAUUCUCAUCAAGAUGAUGAAAUAAGCUCAGUGGAACAAAAUGUGGAUGACAACAUGCAAGAUGACACAAAAUCCAAACCAAAAAAAAAGAAAAAGAAGGCUAAAGCAGCCCCGCGUGAACGCCAAAAUCUCUGCUGGUUUCUCUGUCCCCCAGUAGGGGCCUUCUGCCAGGGGCCACGCCUGGAUUCUCAACCUCUAGAUGCGCCCAGAAUUGUUUCAGAUGAUAAUGAAGACACUGAUGGCGAUGGUGUUCAUGAAAUAACAAGCCGAGAUAGUCCAGUUUAUCCCAAAUGUUUGCUUGAUGAUGACCUUGUCCUGGGAGUUUACAUUCACCGAACUGAUCGACUUAAGUCAGAUUUUAUGAUAUCUCACCCGAUGGUGAAAAUUCAUGUGGUUGAUGAGAAUACUGGUCAAUAUGUCAAGAAAGAUGAUAGUGAACGGCCUGUUUCAUCUUACUAUGAAAAAGAAAGCGUGGAUUAUAUUCUUCCUAUUAUGACCCAGCCGUAUGAUUUUAAACAGUUAAAAUCAAGACUUCCGGAGUGGGAAGAACAAAUUAUAUUUAAUGAAAACUUUCCCUAUUUGCUUCGAGAUUUUGAUGAGAGCCCUAAAGUCAUCCUGUUCUUUGAGAUUCUUGAUUUCCUAAGCAUGGAUGAAAUUAAGAAUAACUCUGAAAUUCGAAACCAAGAAUGCGGCUUCCGGAAAAUUGCCUGGGCAUUUCUCAAGCUUUUAGGAGCCAAUGGAAAUGUAAACAUCAAUUCAAAACUUCGCUUGCAGCUGUAUUACCCACCUACUAAGCCUCGAUCCCAGUCAAACGUCGUCGAGGUUUUUGAGUGGUGGUCAAAAUUUCCAAGAAAUCGUUAUCCAUCAACGCUCUAUGUAACUGUAAGAGGACUGAAAGUUCCAGAAUGUAUAAAGCCAUCUUACCGCUCUAUGACGGCUCUUCAGGAAGAAAAGGGUAAAACAGUGUAUUGUAAACAACACGGUGAGUCAAGUUCAGUAGACACAGAACCUGGAUUAGAAGAUUCAAAGGAAGUGGUGAAGUGGAAGCGGCUGCCUGGGCAGGCUUGCCGUAUCCCCAACAAGCACCUCUUCUCACUAAAUGCAGGAGAACGAGGAUGUUUUUGUCUUGCUUUCUCCCACAAUGGAAGAAUAUUAGCAGCAGCCUGUGCCAGCCGGGAUGGAUAUCCAAUUAUUUUGUAUGAAAUUCCUUCUGGACGUUUCAUGAGAGAAUUGUGUGGCCACCUCAAUAUCAUUUAUGAUCUUUGCUGGUCAAAAGAUGAUCGCUGUAUCCUUACUGCAUCGUCUGAUGGCACUGCCAGGAUAUGGAAAAAUGAAAUAAACAAUACAAAUACUUUCAGAGUUUUACCUCAUCCUUCUUUUGUUUACACGGCUAAAUUCCAUCCAGCUGUGAAAGAGCUGGUGGUUACAGGAUGCUAUGAUUCUGUGAUACGUAUAUGGAAAGUUGAUAUGAGAGAGGAUCCUGCCAUACUGAUCCGACAAUUUGACACUCACAAGAGUUUCAUCAACUCCCUCUGUUUUGAUAUUGAAGGCCAUCACAUGUAUUCAGGAGACUGCACAGGGGUGAUUGUUGUUUGGAACACGUACGUCAAAGUUAAUGAUGUGCAACAUUCAGUGCGCCACUGGAGUGUAAAUAAGGAAAUUAAAGAGAGUGAAUUUAAGGGGAUUCCAAUAAGUUACUUGGAGGUUCAUCCCAAUGGAAAACGUUUGUUAAUUCAUACCAAGGACAGUACUUUGAGAAUUAUGGAUCUCCGAAUAUUAGCAGCAAGGAAAUUUGUAGGUGCAGCAAAUUAUCGAGAGAAGAUUCAUAGUACUUUGACACCAUGUGGGACUUUUCUCUUUGCUGGAAGUGAGGAUGGUAUAGUAUAUGUUUGGAACCCAGAAACAGGAGAACAAGUAGCAAUGUAUUCUGACCUGCCAUUCAAGUCACCCAUUCGAGACAUUUCGUAUCAUCCACUUGAAAAUAUGGUUGCAUUUUGUGCAUUUGGGCAGAAUGAGCCAAUUCUUCUAUAUAUUUAUGAUUUUCAUGUUGCCCAGCAGGAGGCUGAAAUGUUCAAACGCUACAAUGGAACAUUUCCGUUACCCGGAAUACACCAGAGUCAGGAUGCUUUAUGCACCUGCCCUAAACUGCCUCAAGGCUCUUUUCAGAUUGAUGACUAUAUCCCCACUGAUAAUUCUUCAGUGAAGAUGCAACAAGUGAAACAGAGACUCGAUUCUGUCACAGAGGUGAUACGAGCCUGUGCUGCAAAGGUCAACAAAAAUCUCUCAUUUACUUCAACACCGGCCUCCUCACAACAGUCUAAGUUAAAACAAUCAAAUGUGCUGGAUGCUCAGCAGAUUCUACGUCAGUUUGGUUUCACUCAGACCGGAUGUUUAAUUCCUGCACAUGCAGAUACUGGGAAUGCAAGAUUCAUUCAUACAUUCAAGAUUAUCAGCAUAGAAAGAAAGCCUUGUAACCAUCAUGUAGACACAGCACCAACGGUAGUGGCUCUUUAUGACUACACAGCGAAUCGAUCAGAUGAACUAACCAUCCAUCGCGGAGACAUUAUCCGAGUGUUUUUCAAAGAUAAUGAAGACUGGUGGUAUGGCAGCGUAGGAAAGGGACAGGAAGGUUAUUUUCCAGCUAAUCAUGUGGCUAGUGAAACACUCUAUCAAGAACUGCCUCCAGAGGUAAAGGAGCGGUCCCCUCCUUUAACUCCUAAGGAAAAAGCCAAAAUGGAAAAAACUUUUCCGGCUCCUCAAAAGCAGUCAGUCAGGUCCCAGGAUUUCAGACUGGGCUCAGAGUCUGUGACACAUUCUGAGGUGGGCAGAGAGCAGAGCCGGGAGGACCGAGGACACGUCACGGACAUGCAGGUGAAGAAGAACGAGCAGACUGGCCGAAAAGUCACCCUCAUAGAGUAAAGAGUUAAAGAAGAAUAAUGAGAGAAAGAACCAAAAACACAGAAAUGAAAUGACAAAUUAAACCAAAUGGAAUUUCUCUUCAGAAUUUAGAAAUUUCAGAUGGCCAGGGAGAAAGAAAGGAUCCACUACUUCUUAUCCUUAUGAAAGAAUCUAGAAAAACCAGCAAGGUAUGUGUGGAAAAAUAAAUGUUGCCUUUUGAGCUUAAUAGUUAUAAACCAUUGUGUUUGUUGUUGAUCAAAGUAUUGGUACUUGUAUUUAUUAGUAAUUGCAUCAAAAUCACAUUACCAUUGUUGGAAAAUCAAUAAAGGAAAAACCAUAAUUGCUACUCAGCAAAUAUGAAGAAAAAGUGUUUGCAUUGUUAGGAUGUCCGUUCCAAGUGAUCAUUUAAUAUUAUUGUAUCUAUAAUGUGAUUAUAUGUGUGAUGUUGUGCUCAGAAUAUGAAAUAUCUGCUAUUGAAAUUUAACUUUAUUUAAAAUUAAAAGUAAGCAGCUUCAGGAUUUUGUGUAUUCAAAAUGGUCCCAGCAAGAAAAGCAUCAAAAGUAACAAAUUUGUUUGUUUAUAACUUGAUAUACAUUAAAAGGUAACAAAUGUGUUUGUAACUUGAUACAUGUAAACUAAAAGUGGCUUUUGGCUAGACUGACAACAGUGUUCCAAGCUUUUUUACUUUUUAGAACAAGCAUUUUUAUGUUGAAGUAUUAUAAGUGAUUUGUUAGACUUAUGUUGUUUAAUAUUUAUUUGCUCUUAGUACUUGUUUUUAAAUGUUUACAUUGCAUUAUUUAUUUCUUUAGUUCCAGAAUCACAGUGUCAUUACUAUGUGACUAUAUAUUUUGAAGUGUGGUGUUAUAAAAUAGGAAAGUUCAUCUCUUUGUUUUUUACUUGACUUUUCUCCUUUCUCCACUAAGUGAUUAUAAGCUUGUCAAUAUUUAACUCCAAGAAGGUCAAAACUAAUAUAAAAUUAGAAGACUUAUUUACCAAGUAAGACAAUUGAUUCUAUUAAAAUAAGAAGUGAGAAAAACAGGGCACUGAGGUGUAAAUUUUGCCCAGAUGUAUACCCGACGUGAAAAGUCUUCUAGUGAAAAUAUAUUUGACUCUUAUCCCUGCACAUGUUAUAAAGGCAUGAAAAUUGGUGGUAAACAACCCCUUCUGUGUAGGACUUGGGAGAGGGGGGUUGCCUUUGAAAGUGGAAAGUGGCACUGAUGACUGCAGAAGCCCUCAGUGAUCAGCACAGAAGACUGUUCUGAUAGCACCAGCCUCCCCUGUUCUGGACGCAUACGUCUGUGCUUCAGAUACAGCUACAUCCAGCCAGCUUGAGUCAUCCUUGUACAAGCUUGUUUUUUCUGUCUUGUGAAUGUACUUGAUAAUUAAAAAAUUAAAAUAUGUGG